CUCAUUCGAGAGGAAGUGGCACUCUCACUAAAGACUCUUUAUAUGUGGACGGAUAGAUUGGUGUUUUAUUUCCCUUGUUUGAUUUUAGAAUAUUGAAUUACAAUACUGAAUUAAAAUUUGCUUACGUCUUCAAUUUUCUGUAUUGACACAGAAUCACUUAAAAUAAGGGUAAUUUGGCAUGUAAAAAUUUCAUCUAGAAGUUCAGUGAAUCUUUUUUUUAAUGUUGCUGGCACUGUAUUCUCAGUCUUUCAGUUGUACAAAUAUUCUUAUAGUUAAACAGUCGGAUGUAUAUUAUACUAAAGUAUUUACAAUAAAUUAGAAAAAGAACGCAAUGUUGGAUUAAUUCGGCAAGAUUCUUUAAAAAAUACCGUACAACGGAAGAUAUAAUCAUGCCAGAGAAUCCUUUAGCAGUCGAUAAACAGCAGGUAUUGCAAGCUCUGGGUCGCUUGCAGACACGAUUACAUGAGAGAGGAGAUUCAUCUCAACAUGAGAAGCUAAACAUUUUCCGUGAUACAAUUGAAAGCCCUUUGUUCAAUCAAAUAAUAACCCUUCAGCAUUCCAUCAAACAGUUGAAGAAACAGCUGAACCGCAUGUCCACAAAUGCAUCGUCUGAUUUUGACUUUUCACAAACGGGACUCUUGGUGUUCAAUGCAGAACAUUCUAUCAAUAAGGCAGCUCUAGCAGAAGAUGCGAAACUAUUUCCAGAUACUCCAUUUUAUGACCAAACAAGAUCAUUGCAGACCCCUGAAAGAACACAAGAGGAAUUUGAUAAUAUUAUUCAAAUUUUAGCUCAGGGAAGACAAGUAGAACAUGUUGAAUUGCACAAACCAGUAACUGGAGGCCUAGGAUUCAGUGUGGUUGGUCUUAAAAAUGAUAAUUUGGAUGAACUUGGUAUUUUUAUACGGGAAAUACAGAAAGGAAGCAUUGCAGAGAGGGAUGGCAGAUUACAAGAACAAGAUCAGAUAUUGGCCUUGAAUCAUACACCAUUGGAUGAGACUGUUUCUCACCAAGAAGCCAUUGCAAUGCUCCAGCAGACCAAAGGAUCAGUGCAUUUGGUGGUUGCCAGAGGAUCUCCUCACAGGACCCCCUCCCCAACAGAUAUGGCAACGUUACCUUUCUCUUCACAAUCAACACAGUGGGGGCAUGUGGAAGAAAUUGAGUUGGUCAGUGAUGGGUCAGGCCUCGGAUUUGGAAUUGUAGGAGGAAAGCCAACUGGAGUAAUUGUGAAAACUGUUGUUCCUGGAGGAUUAGCUGAUCGGGAUGGACGGCUUAAGACUGGUGAUCGUAUACUACAGAUUGGAGGCACAAAUGUCCAGGAGAUGGGAAGUGAACAGAUUGCUCAGGUCUUGAGGAACUGUGGUAAUCGAGUUUGCAUGGUGGUGGCCAGAGAUCCUCAGGAUGAUUUUUCCUCUGACUAUUUAAAUGUUGUUCCUUCCAUGUCAACUCGGGAACAUUCCAAUAGUAUUUCUUCAGAUGAUUAUGAAAUUAAUGAUGUUGAACUCAAAAGAGAUGGACAAAGCCUGGGCAUUACAGUUGUUGGUUAUGUUGGUGCUUCUCAAAGUGAUACAUCUGGAAUUUUUGUGAAAAGCAUAAUACCAGGGAGUGCGGCAGAACAAAGUGGAUGCAUUCAAGUUCAAGAUAGGAUUAUUGCUGUUGAUGGCGUAGACAUUCAAGGAUUUACUAACCAAGAAGCAAUUGAUGCUUUACGAAACACUGGAAAAACUGUCAACCUUACCCUAGCCAGGAAGAAAAACAUUAAUGUCUACGAAUCCUUUGAAAAGGAAUUAACACACAUGACAAAUGCACCCAUCACUGAAAACAGCUUUUACUCUGCAGUUGAAGAGGAAGAAAAUACAUAUGUAAAGAAGCAGGACUUCAAAAUUGAUGGUACAGGACCUGCUGCAACACAUGAAGAAUUAAAGAGCAAAUGGGAAAAUCGUUUGGGGGCAGAGUAUGAAGUGAUGGUGCUUAAUGUGGAUUCUCGGAUCUGUGAUGAUGAAGAUAUGCUGAAAUAUUUGAAGCUGUUACCAGCUCAUACAUUGAAUCUUGGCGUGGAGCUGGACUCAUUUGAUAGUCAUCAUUACAUAUCAUCAAUUGUGCCUGAUGGACCAAUCGGCCAAUCUGGAUUAUUACAAGUACAAGAUGAAAUUUUAGAGGUGAAUGGAAAGGAGUUGUAUGGAAAUUCAUGCCGGGAUGUAGUUUUAUUUCUGAAAGACAUGUCACCUCCAUUUACUGUGGUCUGUUGUCGGCGACUGUUUGAAGAGGGAAAUGAAAUGCCUGUAGAUGAAUUCAUUGCCAUGGCAAAUGAAGCUUCUCAGGUUUCAGAGAAGUAUGAAUUGAUAAGGCCACCAUCUCCAUGGAAUACUGAAAAUUUUAGUCACCAGGUGGACAUGGAUACUGAGACAAAUUCAGAACAAGAUGAAAUUGGGGAGCUGGCAUUCUGGACAUCAGAUGUAAAAGUAAUUGAGCUGCACAAAGGUUCAAAAGGUUUAGGUUUCAGCAUCCUGGACUAUCAGGAUCCUUUAGAUCCCACACGCACUGUUAUUGUUAUCCGCUCUUUGGUGGUUGGUGGGGUUGCUGAAUGUGAUGGCAGGGUGCUACCUGGUGAUCGGCUCAUCUUUGUCAAUGACCAAAAUCUAGAGAAUACUGCUUUGGCGGAAGCUGUUCAGGCUUUGAAAGACGCUCCACCUGGCAAGGUCCGCCUUGGCAUCUGCAAACUAAUGGUGAUUGACGCAAAUGAAAAUAACAUUUCAGACUUUGCUGGCUCAGUUGCCACAAGAGAAGAUAUAAAACAUGAUUCAGAUAUAUUAAAUUUAGCUUACUCUACAAACCUGCCUGUGCCCCAUGAAUUUGAUGAUGCUUCAUUUUCUGAAGAAGAGCUAGUUGAUGAACCUGGGGUGAAUUUAAAGUUAUUGAACUUAGAUCCCAGUAAUGUUGAUGAUGCCGCUGAAUAUUUGACGACCGAGACAUUGGCAAGAGAUCAGUGGACCCAAAAUAAUGAACAGCAGCAAAUAUUGGUGGGUGAUGAGCAAAAGGUGAACCCAGGAAUUUGUGAAACGAUUCAUCAGCAGAAUAUAAAUGAUCAGCUGGAAUAUUAUGAACCUUUGGCCCUAACAUCUACAAGUACAAUGAAUAACCAGCUUCUUAAUACUUCACUUUUAUUUCCGUAUGAUACAAAUGAUAAUGAAGAGAAUUUCAAUGGAAAUUCAUUGUCCUCUGCAAGUGAUACGGACAUUGUCCAAGUUAUGGUGCCAGAAGAUUAUGAAAGAACUGUUACCAUAGUGAGAAAUGGCCAUGAUCUAGGGUUGAGCAUAAAAAGUGAUCACAGAGGACCUGGAGCAAUCAUCAAAGACAUUGAGGAUGAGGGAGCUGCUGGAAGAGAUGGACAACUCCAGAAGGGGGAUUAUAUUGUUGCUUUGAACAUGGAGCCCAUUAGUGGUCUAAGUUCAAUACAGAAGCAAUUAAUUUUUGCCAGUAAAGCCAUCAAUGAGGAAAUCAUGAUUACUUAUAUACCAGCAAAGGAUGUGGAUCACUAUAAAAGAUUUUUUGCUUCAAAGCAAACCAAUUCUAGCAGUGCUGCAAAAUUGACAACACAAGUGGGGAUGAAAGCUGCUGCAAGUGAACUGCCAGAAAGAGAAGAAGGUGAAGGGGAAGAAACCCCAAUUUUGAGUCAUUGGGAGGCACCGCGAAGAGUUGAGCUUUGGCGAGUACCAGGUGAAUCACUUGGUAUCAGUAUUGUUGGUGGUAACACAGUAAUAAAAAAACUGAAAAAUGGUGAGGAACUGAAAGGAAUUUUUAUUAAACAUGUCUUAGAGGAGAGUCCAGCUGGAAGAUCAAAUGCUUUGAAAACUGGGGACAAAAUUAUUGAGGUUUCUGGUAUUGACCUGCAAAAUGCCACACAUGAUGAAGCCGUAAAUGUCAUAAAAAAUGCUGGAAAUCCAGUUGUUUUUGUGGUUCAAAGUUUAUCACCUACUCCACGACCAUAUUCUGUAUAUCAAAGCAAAACUGAGCAAAAACAAGAAAAAGAAAUAAAAACAGCUUUGGCCCCAAAUAGAGCUGGUCCACCACCACCCAUGCGAUUGCCUCCACCUUACAGAGAACCUGCAAGUGUGAAAUUAUCAGAAUUGGAGAAGUCAGUGGAAUUUCCAGAUAAUGGCAAGAUUCCAAAGAAAGAAAAUGAGAGUGACCAAAAGAUAAGACAAAAAUAUGGAGACCUGCCAGGAGAUCUACACAUCUUUGAGCUUGAAAAAGACAAGAAUGGUCUGGGACUCAGUCUUGCUGGCAACAAGGAUAGGUCUCGGAUGAGCAUCUUUGUAGUAGGAAUCAAUCCUGAAGGUGCUGCAGGGAAAGACGGGAGAAUAAAGGUCGGAGAUGAACUUCUGGAAAUCAACAGCCAGAUACUUUAUGGGAGAAGCCAUCAAAAUGCAUCAGCAAUAAUAAAGAAUGCUCCAACAAAUGUCAAGAUAGUUUUGAUAAGGAAUGAAGAUGCUGUUAAUCAAAUGGCUGUUACCCCUUAUCCCUUACCACUACAUCUCCUUUCUAGUGAGAUUCUAGAUACCACAGGAGCAUUGCCCUCCCAAGAACAGACAUCCACUCAAUUAGAUUUUUCAGAUUUCAAGAAUGUGCAUAAUAUACUAUUGACAAAGGACCAAAGUGGUCUUGGUCUAGCUAUCAGUGAAGACAACACAAAUGAAGGAGUCAUUAUUAAAAGCCUCACUGACAAUGGAGCAGCAAUAAAGGAUGGAAGAAUCAAAGUAGGGGAUAGAAUCCUGGCUGUGGAUGAUGAGAUUGUAGUGGCACAACCUCCCGAAAAGGCCAUCAACCUUCUCAAAAAAGCAAAAGGAGCUGUAAAGUUGACUAUCAGUUGUGAGGAGAGUUCCCUGCAACAAUCUGCCCCUCCAUCACUUUCAUACCCUAACUCAGAUUCUGAGUUUUCAGAUAACACUAAUGUAGCUGUUCCUGCAAUGGUACCAGAUCCAGCAACUUGUCCUAUAGUCCCAGGCCAAGAAACUGUCCUGGAAAUUUCAAAGGGCCGUUCAGGGCUUGGACUCAGUAUCGUGGGUGGAAGGGACACACUGUUGAAUGCAAUAGUUAUUCAUGAAGUAUAUGAAGAAGGUGCAGCUGCUAAAGAUAAUAGGCUCUGGGCUGGUGACCAAGUAUUGGAGGUAAAUGGAAUUGAUUUACGGAAUGCAACCCAUGAGGAAGCAAUCACAGCCUUGAGACAGACGCCACAGAAGGUGCGACUUACUGUAUACAGGGACGAAGCACAGUACAAAGACGAGGAGAACUUUGAUAUAUUUCUUGUGGAUCUUCAGAAGAAAGUUGGAAGAGGAUUAGGCCUGAGUAUCGUAGGAAAACGGAUUGGAACCGGGGUAUUUAUCUCAGACAUUGUUAAAGGUGGGGCUGCUGAACUCGAUGGAAGGCUUAUGCAAGGUGACCAGAUCUUGUCAGUAAAUGGAGAGGAUAUGCGAAAUGCUUCACAAGAGACUGUGGCAACAAUACUAAAGUGUGCUCAAGGAUUAGUUCAGUUGGAAGUUGGCCGUCUGAAGGCAGGCUCAUGGAUCUCCUCCAGAAGUACAUCACAAGGCAGCCAGAUGAGCCAAGAAAGUGGCAUCAGUAAUCAGUCAAGAUUUGGAGCUGCUGUGACAACUUCACAAAAUAUUGCUAUCAGCAAGAAAAAUACAGCUGAAUCCUCACAGAGGAACUUGGGUUCAGAUACAGGUCUGAGAACCGUGGAAAUAACAAGGGGAGCAAAUGAUGCACUUGGAAUUAGCAUAGCUGGUGGUAUAGGAAGCCCUUUAGGCGAUGUUCCUAUCUUCAUUGCCAUGAUCCAAGCCAGUGGAGUGGCUGCUCGCACACACAAGCUAAAGGUUGGGGAUCGGAUUGUCAGCAUUAAUGGGCAGCCCCUGGAUGAACUGUCUCAUGCAGAAGCAGUUAAUCUAUUGAAGAAUGCCUACGGAAGCAUUAUCCUUCAGGUUAUAGCUGACACAAAUAUUACUGCUAUUGCAAGUCAGCUUCAAAACAUGACAACUAACUCCAACUUGAAUUCACCAUCUGACAUUCUAGUGGAAGAUCCAGAGUCACCACAGUGCAUGAACAUAACGUUAGAGAAGGGACCGGAUGGACUGGGAUUCAGUAUUGUUGGAGGACACGGAAGUCCCCACGGAGAUCUGCCGAUCUAUGUUAAAACAGUGUUUGCUAAGGGAGCAGCAACAGAUGACAACAGGUUAAAGCGAGGAGAUCAGAUUUUAGCAGUAAAUGGGGAAAGUUUGGAAGGCGUCACACAUGAACAGGCUGUCGCUAUUCUGAAAAAGCAGAAAGGAACUGUAACGUUAACAGUGUUGUCAUGAAGAUUACAAUGUGGCCAUGAUUAAUCCUGAUAUAUCUGUUUAAAUUCUGCCAGGAAAUGGUGUUGCAUUGCCAAAAGCAGGAAUGUAAUUAAACUAUGUUUGUCUGACUUUGGACCUGAUUUUCUUUUCUUUUAUUGCAUUAUAGUAUUUAUCAGUGUUGCUCUGUUGAAGGGAGGAAUAACCAAACUACUGAGUGUCAAUCACUGUGCUUUGGACUUGCGAAAAAAAACUGCCUAUUAAUCUAACCCAGCUGCAGCUUCUUGAGAAAUCUCACUAAGUGCUUUCAUAUUGUGUACCAUGUUGCUAUAAUAAAUUGCUGACUCUGGAGUGCCUGAGCCUGAUAUUGGAUACAUAGGUAUAGAUUUUGGUUUUCAUAGUUGUGGCAAUGAUCUGUUUGAACAGAUUACCCAAUCUUUGUAGAACCCAUAUGGAUUUAAUUAAUUGAUUUUACUCCUCUUUUUCACUGUGUACAAUAUUUUUUGAACAAUUUAUUUUGAUUUUUUUCAGAUCCUGAUUGUGACUUGUGUUUGAAUUUUUUUUAACUUCCUUGUCAUGGUAACGAAUUGCGUAUAUUUACAAUAUGAGAGCAUGUUGAGUCUCAUGAAAUUUUAAAAAACAGCUUUCACUGUUGAAUAUUUCUAACUGCUUAGAGAAAAUAUCUUACAUGCCAUUUACCUACUUUAACUCAUUUUCCAGUAAUGUACAGGCUUAAUUAACCUUUUCAACAGGUAUUAUAGAUUGACAAUAUGAAUUAGUCAGAAAACAGGCCUGGAACCAAUCACCCAUUAUUUUCUCGCUUUUGUUGUCUGUGACCUUAUGGUUAAAAAUAUAUUGAAAACAAGCUCACGAUCCUCUCUUCUAACUCAGUGUGGGAAGUAGUGUCCAUUGGAUCCUAGGUUAAAAGGGAAUAUCUUCCUUCUUUUCUUUGUCUUCUCCACCCUAUGCUAUCCUCUUUGCAAAUGAAAACAAACUUUUUUCUCUCUAUGUCCGAUGAAAAUUUCAGAUCUGAAAUGUUAACUAUAUCUUUCUGUCCAACGUGUUGUAAUUUUCCAUUAUUUUCUAUCUUUAUUUAAGAAUUGUAUCAUAGGAAGAUUUUUGAUUUUUUGGUGCAGCUGCCUUUCUGAGAUAAGGUAGAUAUUCCCCGAUGAGAAUGGAUCAACUCCAUCUAUUUGAGAGUUAUUAUCUUUGCAGUUGUUAAAUCACCACAUUUCAAAUAAAAAAUAAAUGGGGUUAGAGCUUUACCUAAAUUGUUAAAAAUGCACAUUCUCAAUCACAUUAGGCAUAGAGCCUCACUAAAUGCAGCACAAUUCAUAUCAAAAGUCGAAGAUUUCGUAAUGUCCAUCAGGAAUUUUUUAGUGCCCUCAGUAACUACAAACUCCAAAUGAUUUAAUCAUGUAGGUGCUGACUGCUACUUCAAAGUUCAAAAUCAAUUUAUAAUCGAAGUACAUAUACGUCACCAUGUACAACCCUGAGAUUCAUUUUCGUCUUUUAACUUGUGUCUACUGUAGUAAUAUUGGUUGAAUGCUUCGUGGGUAAUAACCAAUCUGAGGACCAAUCCACUCUCUUUGCUUUUACAUGUCACCUUUGUUCUUAAGCUAACAGCCUUUUGGGAAUUUGAUUAGUUUCUGCUUUUCUAAGUUGGCAUAUGUGAAGUAUUUUUUUUGAAAAAUAAACAGAUUAUGCCUGUGGUCACAUUAAGUAUUCCAGUAUCAUACAGCCUGGGGCCAUUUUAGCCUCACUUAUCUCCUUCGGCAGACUCACUGCAUUGUGCCUUUGGCUCUCUAUUUACAAUGUUCAGGACAAAUAACUGAAAUUAGGAGCUUCUUGUACAGGAAUCACACUUUCAAGCAUGUGGUCCAUUAUUCCCAGCUCAAGCAUUUCUCAGAGUGGACUUGAAUGAGAAGUUCAGGUAGGAUGUUAGUAAUAUUUAUUCAAAACUAUAACAGCAGAGGUUAGUGCCAUAUUUUGUCACAUAAAUAUAAGGAACUCUUUUGUGAUUUAAAGAAGUGACACAGAAAGAUAGAGUAAAAAAAUCUAUUUUGCUACGGGACUUCAUGUUGCUUCCAUUUUAAUGAAACAGAUUAUAAUACAUUCACAUCUCUAGUGUCUGUACAUGAUUCUUUGUGGUGGUGAAUAUCACCUUCUGUUCCCACUCAAAUCUACAUCUCAAAAUAGGUUUUUGCCUGAACAAUUUUUGCAUAUUCAGUUAAACAUUUAAUUAUAAAUUUUGACAAAAAUAAUAAAUUUGAGAGAUAUAAUAUUGCAAAAAUAGUUUACCAGAUCAAUUUAUUUAAUACAAUAAUUGUUUCUGAUAAGUGGUGUUUUGAAUUUUAUUUCAUUUCAGUGUAAAUACAAGAUAGUUUUAUGGAAAGUGAAGGAAAUUUGUUAAUAUGUGAGUUGAUGCUCUGAAAGUUAAUUCAAUUGUAAUUCAACUUAGAACCUUUCAGGACAUUAUAAAGAGUUACAGUAUAUGUGCUUUCUGUUUCUAAUUACUUCCUAGUUCAACUUUGCCCCCUCCUCUCCAAAAUUAUUGCUCUUGCUAGGCUGUGAUCCCACAGAUCAAGCAUAUCUCACUGAUGGUUAUUCUUUAUGUAUGAGAUUAGACAGUGGAUAUUAGUUUAGUUCUAUAUGUAAUUUAAUUAUGUUUUAUGUCAGUGUUUGAUGUUUUGAAUUGUGUAUGUAUCAUUGUGCACAUGUGCAAGGAUUAAUAUGAACCUUGAAUAAACUAGAGAGAAGUUU